GCUCGUAUCCUCGUCCAAAACGAAAUGGUGACGAGCACGUGCGUGUGUCACGAAAAAAAAUAUUUAUCCCACUGUAACGAGCCAAGAUCAGGUAUCUGCGAUUAUCAGUUUCUAUUUCUAGUAACUGGGAAAGAAAAUGAGUUCUCAGAAAGGAAAUCAAGCACGUUCCAGGCCACAGAAGUACCAGAACAGACAUGCUUUCAAAAAUAAUUUGCACGACACGAGCCAUAAAACCAAAUUCAUAAAUAGCAUAUACGUCUCAAAUGUCUGCGAACGUUGCAAGCAGAUUAUUGAAUGGAAGAUCAAAUACAAGAAGUAUAAACCAUUGAAGGCCCCAACUAAAUGCGUCAAAUGUGACCAGAAAACUGUCAAGCAUGCUUACCAUACCAUUUGUACUCCCUGUGCACAGGAGAAGCAUGUGUGUUCAAAGUGUGGAGCGGAGGCCAAACUCGUUGAUCCCAGGCCAACGCUUCAGGAACAAGUCAAACUUGAUGCAGAAUUACAAGCGAUGCUGAAAGCUUUACCUGAACGGAAAAAGAGAACUUUCAUCCGAUACAUGAAUAGAAAUGGUAAACCAGAUGAAGUGAAAUGUGAUUCGGGAGAUUCAGAAAAUGACAACGGAGACAAAACGGAAGCAGCUCAAGGGGAUUGCGAAGAAGUCUCAAGAACUCAUCGGACACGCGAAGAUUUAUUUGAGAAAUUGAAAUCCUUGAAACUCUCGAUAAACGAUAAAGAUACGAACGAUUUUGACAGUGAUUUUGACUAUGGGGACCUCGACUCCGAGCAAGAAGAUUGAACUGGCUUUUUUUCUCGAAAUAUUUUAAUAAACGAAAAUACGGAUGUGGUAUAAUGUACAAAAAAUAUCACUAUGUAUAAACCUUAUUGAUUACAGUAAACUUAUCAUAACUGUCGA